AUGCAUGUUACACGUAUUGUUCCAAUUGAAAAUCAUAAUGGUCAAUUUAGUAAUAUGCGAAUGCAUUUACAGCCUACGCCACCAAUUCCCAUUACUUAUGCUACAGCAGCAAUACCAGCAUUUGCUCCAUUCGGUACUGAAUAUACACCUGAACAAAGAGUAAAAAUUAUUGGUAGUCGAUGUAUUUUAAUACCUCAAUCAAUUACGUCUAUACCUAAAUUAGCUGAAAAAACGUAG